AUGAAAUCAGCGAUAGUGGAACAAGAGAACAAGUUAAAGAGACUGAGAGAAGAGCAACUCCUGCUGAAGAAGCUUGAAGCCGGGGAAGACAUUUCUUCCAUCAUCAAAUUCAAAGAAAAAAUCAUUAAUCGUGAAGAUGUAGUAGAGACGACAGUUUCGUUCACGGCAAACGAAGAAAAGAAAACUGAGUCCUACAAAUAUGAGCCAAUCGUAUUUAGUAACGACGGCGUUCCAGUUCCAUCAUCCGAAGAACUCUUCAAAGCCGGAUACACCGGAGCUAUUAGACAACCCUCCGACUCUCAUAUGGCUUCUGGUUACACCGCUGAACUUGGUCUUCGCCGCGCCCUAACAGAUUCUUUUUCAUCGCUAUUUUGGCGUCCAAAGUUGACUGCCUCUGAGUUCGAGCCAGUCGCUAGCUAG